GAAUAUUGGAGUACAUGCAGUGAGUGAGUGCGAAGUCUGUAAAUCUGUUUAAGAGGUUGUGGCCUGCAGCAUAGUCCGAAUCGAUACAACGCAAGCUCAUAGUCACUGGUGGCUAGGCCACGGGGGAGGAGAGCCUAAUCGCUCACUACCAUCUAGAAGCUGCCAAACCAAACAACGUCGAUGCCACAAAAAUGGGCGUCAAAGGCAAGCACGUUGGCAAAAGCCUCGCCGCCAGCAGGCCUCCAAAUUUCCAUCAGAAACCCAAGUCGAUCAAGCGGAAAGCUACAAAGGCCUUGAUCAACAACCUUCAUCUUUUGGAAAAGCGACUGUUGCAGGCUACCCGUAAGGGGGAUGAGGCAGCCAAGGCCUCUAUCCAAAAACAGAUUUCAGAUAUGGGCGGUCUCGAGAGGUAUCAGCAGGCAAGCCUUCAAGGCCAACGCAAGGACCGGGGAGGUGACAGCUCCAGGGUAUUGAUGGACUGGAUACGGGAAUAUCCGCCACCUGAGGCCGACAGCAAGCAUGUGCGUCUUCAUCUCCUCGAGGUCGGCGCGCUCAGCACAGAAAAUGCUUGUUCAAGGAGCAACCGUUUCGACAUCGAAAGGAUCGACCUCAACAGUCAAGCGGAAGGUAUUAAGCAGCAAGAUUUCAUGAAGCGACCUUUGCCUAAGGAUGAUUCAGAGCGUUUCGACAUCAUCAGUCUUUCGCUGGUACUCAAUUUUGUUCCCGAUCCGAGGCUACGUGGUGACAUGGUCCUUCGAACAUUGGAAUUCCUUCGACUAUCAAACAACUCAUCAGUAUCCUUCACGCCAAGUCUAUUUCUAGUUUUACCGGCACCAUGCGUUACCAACUCUCGUUAUAUGGAUGAAACGGUAUUGGAGCGGAUAAUGGCGUCGCUGGGCUUUAAGCUGAUCCACUCCAAGCCAACGCAACGACUUGUGUACUACCUUUGGAAGCGAGAAUCAAAGUUGCCCCUAAAGCGGGAGGCUUUUGCAAAGAAAGAGGUCCGGUCAGGCUCAACACGCAACAACUUUGCCAUAGUCCUCGCCGCUCAGGGAUGAUACACAGACCAAAAUCCUUUCAUCAUAUAUGAACGACUACUGGGCCAAAUGACAACAGAAGUAUUGGUAUAGUCUUCUUGGGACGGACUUUCCAAGGUUCUGCUUCUCGAACUAUAGUAGGAAUGCACUUAAUCGGCGAAGGUGUCUCCAGUUACAUUCUCCGCCGUGCUACGUUUUCUCGGCCAUGAUGUGUGCCCAGAUGCCGCCAUGACUGCCAACGGAAACUACAGUUUACCGAUACUCAAACCAGGACAUAAUUUGCGCACACGGUCUCUCACUCCUUCGGACUGAAUUUGACAGUCGAUUGUGAUGCAGGCAAGUUCUGCGCUCACCACGAUGACGGUUUGGCAUGUCUCAGCCCACGGUCGCGAUUUUAGCUGUAUUAAUCUCUAUUCAAAGGGUCCCCUUUGUUGUAUGGGUGCCACUACGCAGACGCACAGACAUAAGGGUAUUCUAGACCUUCGGGGUAGGAUAUUAUGAGCCUUGGGUUACGACGACAUAGGGGGAAACUACAUCUACUGAGCUUAUACCAAGCUCGGCCAAAUAAUGUGUUUUGGUUUAUGCUCAGAGGGCUUCACCAAGUUCAUCACGUCAUAGGAUGUCCAAGGCGUAAGCGAAUGGUCCAGACCGCCGAUGGUUUUGUUUUACACAACAGCAUGACCGAUUGCCCUGGGAGUCAUUCACAGAUAUCAAGAGGGUCAGCCCCUUUUGGCUCAGUCACAGUUGACCGGAGAACAAUUCGAAUCCUUCGUGUUCACUAGGGCUGUCUUUAAUUGCAGUCAUUUGAAUGAAGACCGUCCGUGGGUUUCUACGUCCACGUAGUCGGGCCUGUUCUUUGUACGAAAACAGUUUAGGGGAUUGCAGGGCAACAGCUUUCAAAGCCGCCCUCGUUUACAGAUACACUUGUGACGCACUCUUUUGCGAAUUGCAACCCCUCUUAAUUAAGAGUCAGCUGGAAGGUUUCUUUGCAUUGGGCGAGGCUGCAUACAAGCCGUCUUUGUUUCGGCUAUAGACUUGAGUCCAGGCCGCCACGUCUGGACUCUAGUUCUAGUCUAGCUGGCCAUAGCUCGCUUCCGGUUGCGCGUGGUGACCAUGAAAAAAAAAAAAAAAAAAAAAAAAAAAAAAAAAAAAAGGAAAAAAUCAGGCUGCUUGUUACUAACACCCGGCUACCUAGCGGCUUUGGAGGAAUAAUCUAUGCAUCAGGACCAAAAUUCUUCAACGUGCGUGACCCCUGAAGCCAUUGGCUUUAGGCAAUCAACCAGGCACAAGCAAGCGUGGAACUUUGUUCGACCUAGCCAGCGCACUAGCCCAGUACGCCGCGCCAUCACACAGCCUAAUGCACUUGCAACUAUUCACAACUCUUCGAAGCUGCGGAUCACCUUGUGCCUAUCCUCCACACCAUCGGGCAGCUCGGGAUUGCCAGGCCUCUGCACAACAAAGCUCUGAAACCCCGCACCGAGGGCCGCAUCGACCUCCUUGACGUUGUCGCUCAAGAACAACCACUCAUUCUUGGGAUACUGUGGGUGCAUGCUGGCGAUCUUCUCGUAGCUCGCAAUCUCAGUUUUGGGACCGGCAUUGACAGUGUCAAAGAAAUCGGCGAUUGCAGAAGUGAGAUCAGCGGGUUCCGAGUUGGUGUGGCCAAAAAGCAGCUUCUGGGCGGGGACGGAUCCCGAACUGUAUAUCAUGAUGGCUAUCCCGGCAGCUUGCCAGGCGGCGAACUUUGGGGCGACGUCUGCAAACAGCGGCGCACGGAUUUCGCCAGAAUCAUAACCGUUCUUCCAGAGGUAGCCUUGUAGACUCUUGAGGUAUGGGGCCUUGACGUCGCGGCUCACCAGAUCACGCACGUGAGCAGCUAGUGCCUCCUUGGAGGAUGCAUACUCGGCCGGGAAAGCGUCCCUAUACUGAGCAAAGGCCGGAUCGUCCCACUGGGAGUCUAGCGUAUGGGGCAGCGCUUCUAGGGCAUAUGGAAACUAUGAUAAGGGUUGUUUGUCAGCGAGGCCGGGAUAGUGAUAUGCCCCGUUGCAAGGAGCGCGGGAUAUCGUUGCCGAGGGACAAAUGGUUGCUAGUUUAUGCGGCAAUCAUAAUAGAGCAUAGCCAAACACGACGAAACGUGGCACAGUAACAUGGUAACCACCUAUGACGGGAACGAUUGUAUAUUCUCCAUCGGCAAGGAGCAACCAUUACCUCCCCCCGCCUCGAUGUUGUCUGUUGUUGCUCCUGCUUGGUAAAGCCAGGAAACUGUCCCUGAGGAUAGCAUAUGGGAAUGCCUUACAAGAACGUCCUUGACGAACGAGAUGGGACAGACUGUGCCCUCUGAGAGAAAAAAACCAAGCAUGUAUUAGCCAGACUGCAUCCCGGACGAUUAUGCGCCACUGCCCAACACUGUAUGCAUAGCUGAUUGUGCCACAUGCCAUUGGCGUCUUGGAUUCAACGCAGGUUCAACGAGUUGCAUAUCUGAUGAGCAAAACGACAUGGAUGCAACUGAUAAACGAACAAAAAGAAAGCCAAAGAUCUCCGUAGAGGCAGCCCAAGAAGAAAUUGCUGGGCUCGUGGGAUGUGGAGCAACGAAGCAAUUUGACGGCUUGCAGUUCGCAUAAGCAGCCUUACCAAUGUCAAGAAGAAACACUUUGACCGCAGACGCCAUGAUGAUCGACGAGCAUACGCCAAUCUUUCAUGCACGGUUCCUUGAGUCCGGACAGACGUCGUUUGGAGAUGGGAGGGUUCUCCUGCAAGACUUGAGACGUGAUUUGCGCGGCCCGGCGAAGAAAAAUAUAAAAAAAUAGAGAUAUAAACAAAAUAUGCCAAAUCGGCGGUGAAGUAGAUCAGGGUAUUUUUGGUUGCUUCCUCUCGGGCUAACCCGGGAAUUGCUUUCGAGAACAAGGAGGUGAACGGUGGGGGGUUGCGUCGGAACAAAACAAAAGGGGGAAAUGGAAAAAAAUCUUUAUUUUUUUUUAUUGGCGAGGCGCCUUGUAGAAUGGAAAAAAAAAAUUCCCAAGACGUCAAAUAUUUUGUUCAAUUACUUGGUAGCGACAAGCACGCUGUUCACGAUAGGAUCUGGAAAAUCGAAAAAAUCAAAGAGCGGUCAGACCGGAUGCGGAAAUGCGGGGCAUGCAAUCCGAUGGAGCGGAGUGCGGGCGCUAGUCUCGAUUCUGAG